AGCACAAAUUUAUAGAACAUCUUUGUUAAGUUAGGAACUUGGUAAUUUAGUAUCAGAUGCAUCCUUUGCUUAUGCUGCUGAAUUCAAAACAGGCAAAACAGAGAAUCCUGCGUCUCCAGUAAAUAUUAGCUGGGUUGCUUUUUUCCAGUUGCCCAAGGAUAGAAGUGAAAGGAACUACAGGCCUCUUCACUGUGAUGUUCGGUUGUCUGUAUUCCUAAGCCAUGUCUUCUGCUCAUGCAUGCUUGAAGAAAGACAGAUAGUUGCGUUUAUCUUCUAGAAGUUUCAAAAUACUUGUUCUCCGUGUUGGAGAACAUCUGAAAUAUCUAGUUUAGAGUGGGUUAAAAGAUGGAAAAACAGAGUUGAAAAUAUUUGCCAACCCAACAAACCGAGACAACCUUAGUAUCAAACAUAUAAGCCCUGAAUUCAGUAUAAUAAUACUUGCAGAUAUUACUACUGAUAUCCAGUUUUCACUACACGUGUUAAUUGUCUCUCCUUCCAGAGCCUGCAGUCAUUAUAGAGAAGGCAGAGCCAAUGAGGGUUACUAUAGGAGAUGCCUGUACUUUGGAGUGCAAAGUGGCAGGCACACCAGAACUAUCCACUGGGUGGUUUAAGGAUGGCAAAGAACUGACCAGCAGCCAAAAAUACAGAAUUACUUUUGUCAACAAAGUAUCUACACUUAAAAUUAUGGACACAGAGAAAGAAGAUGGUGGAUUGUACACUUUUGCAGUGCAAAAUGAUGUGGGGAAAAGCAGUUGCACGGCAUCGGUUGAAGUUUUAGAUCGAAUAAUUCCUCCUUCUUUCACAAGAAAGCUAAAGGAAACCCCUGGUGUCCUGGGUUCCUCAGCACUUCUUGAAUGCAAAGUGGCGGGUUCACCUCCUAUAUCUAUUGACUGGUUCCAAAAUGGAAUGAAGUUAGUUAGUGGGGAAAAACAUAAUAUCACAUUUACUGAUAACCUGUGUAUUUUAGAAGUGAAUUCACUGAGCAAUUCAGAUACUGGAACUUACACCUGCAAAGCUACCAAUGUAGCGGGUUCAGAUGAAUGCAGUGCUGUAUUGACUGUCCAAGAACCACCAUCUUUUGAGAGGACACCUGAGCCUUUGGAUGUCUUGCCAGGCACAAGCGUAACUUUUACAGGUGUUAUCAGAGGAACUCCUCCUUUUAAGGUGAACUGGUUUAGAGGAGCCAGUGAGCUUGUGCCAGGAGAUAAAUGCAAUAUUUACUUAGAGGACUCUGUUGUGGAGCUUGAGUUAUUUGAUGUAACCCCUCUCCAAAGUGGAGAAUACACUUGUCUAGUGACUAAUGAAGCUGGCAGGGCAAAUUGUACAACACAUCUUACAGUAAAAGGUUCGUAAAUACUGCAUUUCUUUGUAUGCCCUAAAAUACUGUUUCUUUCUUUCCAUUUGUUACUGCUAUGCUCAACGCUUCUGAAUUCUUACCCUUCAUUAGAACCGGCUGUCUUUGUGAAGAAACUGAGUGAUCAAU